UUAAAGUCGGACACUUGCCCCAAUUUGACGGGCAAAGGGCAUGACAAGGACUUGAUGGGUUUUGGGCAACUGCAUAAACUUCUUCUCUUACUCGAUCAAGGAACUCACAGUACCAUAUUGCUUGAUCAAAUCCUGAGCAAGGCCAUCACAGCUAGUCUAAUCUAUGCAAUACCCACAUGGAACUGCACCGUUAGAGCUUACUCCAAGAGCCCCACACCCAUCAAAUCCAUCUUGAUAUACAACUAUUUCAUUGCAGGAAACUCAGCAGUUCUUCCAGAUACUUACACCUACCCUGCUCUUCUCAAGGCCUGUUCGCGUCUGCUUUUGGUUACUAAGGGAAAAGAAGUACAUGCGCAUGUGUUGAAGUUAGGCCUGGAUAAUGAUAUUUUUGUGGGAAAUGCUUUUCUUCAUUUUUAUGGAACAGUGAAGGAAUUAUGUGAUGCACGUACCUUGUUCGACGAAAUGCCUGAUAAAGAUAUCGCGAGUUGGAACUCGCUGCUGAGUGCUUAUAAUGCCAAUUCUGGUUCAUGGGAAGUGCUGCGUUUGUUCAAAGAACUGAUUUACCAAGGAAUUAGACCUGAUAAGAUCACUUUGGUGAUUUUACUGUCAGCUUGUGCGGAAGUAGAGGAAUUAGAGUGUGCGAGAACUGUCCACUCUUAUGUGAUCAAGGUGGGGCUUACUUUCUCAUUGAACUUAAACAAUGCCCUGUUGGUUGUGUUUGCAAAAUGUAAAGAUAUGGAUGCAGCAUUACAAUUAUUUCAUGAUAUGGGUUCUGGAAAAGAUGUAGUGUCGCAGACAAUUUUGAUCAAUGGCUAUGUUGAAAUGGGGUUGAUGGAUUUGGCUCGUAAUAUCUUUGAUCAGGGUGUUGACAAAGAUCUUGCCUUGUGGAAUUCUAUGAUACAUGCCUAUGUCAAGAUGAAGCAUCCAAAGGAGGCUUUAGACCUGUUCGAGAAAAUGGAUGAUGAGGGAGUGACACCAGAUGAAAACACAAUCGUUGAUGUUCUUGCAGCUUGUGCUAGCUUAGCAGACCUGCAAUACGGUAGACUAAUUCAUAAGCGUAUCCACCAAAACAAUAUAAGACGAGAUGUUUUUGUAGGAACAGCUUUGAUUAAUAUGUUCUCAAAGUGUGGAAGCUUGGAGGAGGCCAUGGUUAUAUUCUACAAAAUGGGUCAUAAGGAUGUCUACACUUGGACAACAAUUAUUGAAGCACUUGCCAUUUAUGGGCGUGGCGAUCAAGCCUUGAGCAUGUUCUAUCAGAUGGAAAAACAGGGGUGCAUGCCAAACGAAGCAACAUUUGUUUCUGUGUUAGUAGCAUGCAGACAUUCAGGACUAGCUAAUGAAGGCUGUAAAUUGUUCGAAAGAAUGACCAGAUUCUACAAAAUCCAACCAAAGAUCGAACACUUUGGCAGUCUAAUUGAUCUAUUGAGCAGAGCAGGUCUCCUGCAUCAGGCAGAGGAGUUCAUAAAAUGUAUGCCAACCGCGGAAAGACUUAUUGCGUGUAAAACUUUGUUAAGCGCUUGCAUUAAUCAUUCAGUUUUUGAUCUUGGUGAGAAGAUUGCCAAUGAAUUGGUAAAGUUAGAUUCUCAAAGCCAUGCAACUCAAGUCCUGUUAUCCAACUUCUAUGCCAUAGCAGGUCAAUGGGCUGAAGUUGCAAAUAUAAGAAGGAUUGCAAAAGAAUUCAAUACGAGAAAGGAGCCCGGCAUCAGUUCUGUGGACUCAUAACCUAUUCUAGAAACAAUUUGCCUAUGUGUGGAUGAUACUUGGUACCCAAGACGUCUACAAGGGAAUAGAGCAUCUGGUCCAAAUGGUACAAAGGCAUGGAACAGAUGAAGAAUCUGUAAAACCUUUUGUAACUCGCAGUUACAAUGACGAAACAGGGGAAUUUACAAACUUCAAGAUUAUGAUUUAUCACAAUUUGGCGCUGUUAAUCUUAUAAAGGGCUCUCUCUUCAAUAUUCUCAUUCCUAUGAGAAGGGUUUUCGCUUCUGCCGAGGAGAUAAGAGGAAAUACUGCUGACAAAACAGAGAAUUCCGUAUGUCAGAUUCCAGUUUCUUUGAUCAUGUUAGCAGGGAGGAAAAUGGUGGUAGGAAAUCAAUUUGGCUGAUUCAAUCAGGCUAUUUUCUCUAGUCUUUGAUAUCAUAAAGAGUUCUGAAUCCAGACACCUCCAGUUGUAAUGCCACCAACAAAAAAGUUGUGGACUUGGCUACCGUACACGAGUCUUUCAACACAAUUGGAGGCUUGAAGAGAACUUCAUCAAGAAUUAUACAUCAUCACUCUUAAA